AUGGUCUUCUCCGUCAUCUUCGAGGAAAAACACAACUCCGAGCAUUGGUCAACCUACGUAGCAGGGGCAAAGAUCCUCCGCCCAAUUAGUGAAAGUAUUCCUGGCCACAUCGAUCACAUACUGUAUCGCAGUCUCACUCGCGAAGGGUGGAAUCUGUCGCUCUCCAGUUGGGCCAACGAGAAAGCACUUGUGCGCUGGAGGACGACCAAAGAACAUUGCAAGUACCAAGAUAUGGGACGUAACAAGCUGCUGGUGGACUAUCACCUAAGGGUAGGGUUGAAUGUCCAAGACUCGCAUGGAGCCGCGGCUGCAGGAAGUCUGGAGCAAACUGAGGUCGGCGAUGCGACCAUGAUUUUGCUCCAUGAUAUCGUCAAGUCGCCGGACUGGGUAAAGGAAAAGACGCCUGAAAAUAUCGCAAAUUCACUAGGGUUGCGCCAACAGCAGUUAGGACUGGUACAGUGGGAUGUAUUUGACGAAGUACUGCAGCCGGGCCACGUGCUUUUGCUAUCUUGUUGGAAAGAUCAGAGCGCUACAUUAGCCUUUGAAGGAGAAUACAAUUGGGAGAACGGUGUUCGACUUCGGACAGUGCAGAUCGUGCGCGACUACGGCAUGUUUGAUAGGAGAGAGGCCCCCCAGUAUUACCCUGAUGUUGUAGGAAGGACUACUUUACAUCAUUGA